CUAAGUUUGCAUGGUUAAAAUGUUUUGAGCUUACCUUGUGUCUGACUUGGUUUGCUUGGUGACAAGCAAAUGGUUAAGUGUGAGGGAGUUUGAUAACACGCUUUUAGCACAAGUUUCCCCUUCAUUCUUAGGUCGUUUGGGAUAAUUUUGUUGCAGUUAAAUGCUGAUUUUAUGCUAGAUUGCAUCUGUUUGUGAUAUUUCAGGGCAUAGUUCGUGAUAGAAGUCUUUGGGGAAACUUUUGGAUCAAAUGGAGCAGAGACGGACCAAGAGUCGUUGAUCAGAUUGAGAAUUACGACCAAGGCAAGAGAGUCACGACCACGACCGUGACAUUCUUUGCCAAACCAUGACAUCCCCUGCCAGGCCGUUACUCGAGGAUGGUGAAACAGAGGUAACAUAUGUAAGUUAAGGACGGACCCCUCAAGCUACGGUUAAGCCAGUAACUCCCUGCUGCAAGUCAUGACCUUGGUUCAUGAAUUACUAAGAUGACGUCGCCUGGAGAGUCACGGGCAGACUAGAGAAGUUAUGAUCGUGAAUAGGCUGUAACUCGUGAUUCUCCAGCAUGGGAGAGAGAAACCCCAUCAUUCCUCCUGACUCGCUUCUACUGUCACCCUAGGAAUUGGCCAAGUGAAACCACUUCCUAAAGCGUAGUAUAGCGGGUUUAGGUUUAAUUAUCAACCCGGGUCCUAGAUUUGAUGACUACUCAGUGAAUUCUUGUUAUCUAGCAAUGAAACUGGAAUGCAAGUCUAAACUACCAAACAAACAAAGCAAGUAAACGGUUGUAUUCAGGUUAAGAGAGGUCACCCGGAUAUGGUUCCCCCUAGACUGCAGUUAAGCCGAAUUGUAAUUACCAAGUUCAGUUUCUAUGAUAGUUAUACUGCGGAAGGUUCUUAAACAGCCUCUAGUCUCGACUAAAGGUCUUCAGACCCUCUCAAUCUGAAUCUCUAGCGGGCGACUAACCUCCACCGGAGUAAACAGAUUGAGAGGCCUUAACAAACAAAACCUCCACUACCGGAGUAAAUCCGAUACAGAAUAGUGAGUUGGCUCCUCGACUAAAGUCACCAACUCCCUACCUUCAAUCAAGGAUGCUCUAUCAACCUAGGCAGAUAUUCUCAUUCUAGGUUAAAGCAGAAACAACAGGAAUUUGAUCAGGAUUCAAAUCAUUCAAUCAAUCAAACCUCAAUCGAAUAUAAUCAAAUCAUAGAAUCAGUACUUGGGUUCAUACAAUCAAAGCCUAACAUACAAAUCUAGGGUUCUCCAUACCCAGAUGAAUGGGAGAACUACUCCAUGGAGAAAGAAGCAAAAGCAGAAUCAGACGCGGAAUUCAUACUGUGAAGGAUGGAUUCCUGCUCCUGGACGUUGAUCGACACUUCUCCAAGCUCAAACUGGCCUCCAAUGGUGAUGAAGAUCAAGCUAGGGCACUUGGAGACUCUUGUUCCUCGCUUUCUCUCUCUAGGAAUCGCUCUGUCUCUCUAAAACUCGAAUCCCCUUCUCUUUGGCUGAAAAUCUGCUUAAAAGGGCAUCAGUGGCCAAAGCACGGUCGAGGGCACGGCCGUGUAAUGCCUCAGCCUUCCCGUGCUUUGGCUAGUGUUAAUUACACGACCAUGUGUUGGGAGAAACACGGCCGUGCUUUGGAGAGAACACGGCCGUGCUUUGGGAGAACACGGCCGUGCUUUCAGCCCGUGUAAUCAGCUCAUGUUUGCCAAACUCGAAUUAGCUCUCGGCAGUAAAAGCACGGCCACAGAACACGGCCGUGUAAUGCUUUAGGUGUGCCCGUGUUUUGGCUCCAGCUUGACGAAAUGACUUCUGAAUGCCCCGAAACUCGUGCUUAGCCUUCCCUUUGACGCCUGGGACCUGAAAUAUGACAAAAGAGCACAACCCGACGUAAAAUAGGCCAAAGAUACACGACUAUGCCCCUCAAACGGAUAAGAACUAGGGGCGCAAAUAUGUGCAAUUACAUCGUUAUCACCUCCCUUUCCAUAGUCUCCAAAAAAGUAAGCCCCAACGAGUCAAGACUUCCUCAUCCGAAUGCAAAAUAAGUUCGCGCAUGCAAUGUGAUGGGAAGAAUCAUAUCCUUGGGGGAAGGAAAGGCCGACAAGAUUUCUUAACCAAAUAGCAACGGGACAGCGAAUGAAUAAAUAUUCUAGGGACUCUCGCUCAUCAGCCUAAUAAACAGGACAAAGGACGAAACCAACUGUCCAUGUCUUUGCAAAUCCUCAUGUACAGGAAGAAUUUGAAGGAGAAUGUGUUAGAGGAAGAAUUUAAAUUUGGGAAAUAAGCGGAGACCCCAAAUUUUGGGCCAAAGGGAUGCAUCCAGAGGUGACGCCGAUACCUCAUGACAACGGCGGCGAAUGGGUUGCAACACCAAUACUAGCCGAUUAUCACUUUCAAUACUUAAUAAGAUGUGAACACUGAGAUUGUGAAUUGAAAGUUGAUAGAUUCAAUGGUGUGAAAAUUUAUGGAUUCAAUUUUGACAAUUAUGAUGGGAUGUAACUUCGUUUUAAAAUUGGUUAGUUGGAUUGAAUUUAUUCGGGAUAAUUCGAAUAUCGAGGGGGAAACCAAUCCAAACAACUUUUUCACACCAGUGUCUAAAUCUAUCAGUUUCUAAUACACUAGAUCAUUAAUACUUAAGUAAGGCAACAGAAAAGAGUCUAUGGAAUAUGACUCUAGUUAGUUUCACUUUUUGGAUUAUCUUUGCAUGCGCUUUUAGCGACAUCAAGACAUCAUCACAAAAUUCACGCAAACGGCUGACUUCUCAAGAGAAAAUUUGUAAGGAGAUAAAAUAGGAGACAAAUUGUAAUGAUCCACUAGACAUCAGCUAGUCGAAUCUGUGGUCGAAACUGUGUCUAAUCUGGGACCCAUGUGUUCAAAAUUGCAUCAAUGGAACUCCUUGAUUCAACUUCGCAAUGCAAGCCAUGUUGUAGUAAUUCACGACCAUGAAGCAAGGAUUGCCAUGCCCAUGAUGAAUUGGUUCCCCUAGCAACAUUGAGGAAAGAUGUGUGAGGCGCGCUUUCAAAUUUUAGCUACGAGCGAAGACGGAUUAGUUAAAAUUCGCCAACAUUGUUUAGCCAGCAACUAGGGGUGGGCAUACGGUUCGGUAAAACCGAACCUAACCGAACCGAAUAUAAACCAAACCGAAACCGAAUUAAUGUUAUUCGGUUCGGAAUUCGGAAGAGAAAAGGGCAUAUUUCGGAAACCAGUGUCCGUUCGACCGAACCGAAUUUCCGAAUUCCGAACCGAAAAACCGAAUUAUUAUAAUUGCAAGCUCUAAAUGGUGGAUAUUUAUGUUUCUACUUAUUAUGAGACUUAAAUAUUUGAAUUAUGUUAGUGUUUUAUGACUUAUGUGUUGAAAUGUUUGAUUUUAUCAUUAAUGAUGCAUAUUUAUUGUUUACAUUAGGGUGAAAAAUAAUUUAAAAAGGAGAAAAUACAAGCUAACCUCACUAUUUCGGUUUUGUAUGAAAAACCGAACCGAACCGAAUUAUAAUUUGGUUUGAACCGACCGAACCGAAUUAUAAUUCGGUUCGAAUUUGGUUUGAGGUUUGAUAGAAUUCGGAAAACCGGUAUGCAUAAUUUCGGUUCGGUUUGAACCGAACCGACCGAAUGCCCACCCCUACCAGCAACGCCUGAUUAAAGACAGCAAAAUCAC